AUGAGCACCAAAUUACUUGAGGAAAAGUUACACGCCUAAUUGGUUAAUAAAAUGUAUGAAAUACAAACUUUUUUUGAUCAAAUUGCUCAACAUAAGGAUUUGGACUCAGUGAAAUUGUAGAUUUUAGAAAAAAAAUCUUAUAAGGCUAAACAAUAACAUAAAAAUAUAGUCUAUAUUAUAAUCAAAUUCAUAAUGGAAUAUGAAUCAUUAUAGAUAUAUUUUUAGAAAUGUCAUUAAAACAAUACAACUUAUGAAUUGAUAUAGAAUAAUUAGAUAAAGGAUUACAAACGUUACAAUUGCUAACAUUAGGAAUCCCUGAGAUUUUAUAUAAACUAAAAGAAGUAUUUUAUAUGUGAAUUUAAGUAUUGCAGAACUUUAAUUCUUCAAUUAAAUUUGAAAUUAUUAAUCCAAACCAGGAUCAACAAAAACCACCUUUUUUGA